UAAAAUCCAAGAGCACGUGGCUAAUGUUUAUAAAACAUCCCGCUCCAAAGGAAUGACUAAGGUACGUCAGAUGGAUAUGCUUUGCCUUUAUGCCGUUGGUCUUGUGACCAUUGCACUACCAUUAUGUGUUCAGGGAAAGACAUGGGUAUUUGCUGUCGGUGGGAACAGACGACCUUGGAAUUUCAUUGACGAUGAUGGAAUACUAAAAGGCGCGGAUUUAGAUCUGAUACAGGCAGUGUGUAAAGUUGCCAACCAGAAGUGUGCUACGACUGUUGUUCCUAUUGAGGCCUGUGUCAGGACGGUACGGGAUAGAUUUUAUCCUGGAGAAGGUCUGAUGGAGCGAUGGUUCGAUGCCUGUACCGGGUAUGUGAGUUCAGUGGACCGCGUCAAUGCGUUACAGUUCACAGAACCAAUAAGGACCACAACCUCCACCUUCACGGUUCUGAAAGGAAAUCCAAAGAAUUUCAAUCCACAGAACUUGCAGAAUGCCGUCAUAGUUCACCUAAACGGAGCUUUUACAAAUGAACAGUGCACAAUUAGAAUCGGGCUUGGAAGACCAAAACAAGUGUUGGUGGCUUCCGGAAUAGCAGAGGCUAAGCAACUCCUAACAAAUCGAACUGCUGAUGCUUUAUUUUCACCGCGAACGCGGUUUGAUGAUUUGGAGGUUCUUCCUGGGCGAUAUAAAUGUGAUAUUAACGGGGUCGGAAUGAUGGUGAAAAAGGACAGCGAUCUACCUUCGUGGUGGAACCCUGCUUUCAAGCAAUAUUACCUGUCUGGCAAGUACAACGACGCAUGCGACCAAAUCAACCAGAAAUAUGGAGGGUUUCCAGUCAGGAAUUGCUUGCCUCGACCCACAAUCCACCAUGGAGUUGUAGCCGCCGGACAUGGAAGCAGGGGGCGCCGAAGCCAUCUAGUGGAACAUUUUAGCAUCAAUAGAAAGUGAAAGAAGUGGAGGGAAGAAGUAAAACGAAGAAUUUUAAAGAAUUUGUCAUAUUCCUGUCAUAUUCCACAAUUGUGAUGUCAUAUUCCACAUCUUUGUAUAACGUUUGUAAGGAUCGAACAAGAAAUCACGAGAAUUAAAGUGGGAAACAUCUUGCAUGUACAUAUAGUUAUUUCUUCAAACGCAACCAGUUAUUCUGCGAAAUAAAACAUCUAAUACUACUUUAAUUCCAGAUUUUUUGCAAGACCAACAACAUUUACAAAAUUCAAUUCUGUUUUUGUAACAUGUAAAAUAAAUGUUUUUAGAC